AUGCCCUCAGAUUGCCAAAGCCUCUUUGCCUAUCUGGAUUAUGCCCUUUGCAAGACUUUUCAAGGCCUGAAUGUGAACAAAGACAACAGCGCAGACGCCAAGAUCCCCCCGGGAUUCCAGCGCACCUGUUCUGCUUGCCCCACUGCCCUCUCUGCUUCCAGCGGGGCAGGCUCCGAAGGCCGGGACGAUGCCGUCUCUCCCCAGGCCGCCCCUGAUCAAAGCGACCUGGCGUGGUCCCUCCAGGGCCAGUGGUCGGGGGACCCCGAGCUGCCGCACCGCAGCCUGGAGCGCCUCCACUUCCGAACGGAUCGCUCCGUGAGCCUGACCGAGAGCAGCCGGAGCGAGGCCAAGGCGGUCUCCUCGCGCUACAAGACGGAGCUCUGCCGCACAUUCGAGGAGAGCGGCACCUGCAAGUAUGGCGCCAAGUGUCAGUACGCCCACGGCACCGGAGAGCUACGGGCGCUCAACCGCCACCCCAAGUACAAGACGGAGCCCUGCCGGACUUUCCACACCUCUGGGAUCUGCCCCUACGGGGCCCGCUGCCACUUCGUCCACAACGCCGACGAGCGCCGCCCCCCGCCGCCCCGGAACCUGCAGCCGCUCCGCCACGGCUCCGGAGGCAGCCCCCUGGAAGGCCCGCCACCUGCACUGCCCUCUCUGGCCCUGGUAGCUCCCGGCGGCCUCCACCUGCCCACGCCGCCCUUCCCUCUAGAUGCCCUGAGCCAGGCCCCGCUGGGCGGUUCGCUGUGUCCCCUCGGCUCCCGCCCGACUCCUCCGGCUCCCUGCAGUGGCCCCUUUGCCUUCCCAAGCGUCUUGAGGCUCCAGAAGAGUUUCUCCGCCGACUCUCUCUCCGACCAGGACGACUCUGGGAGUUCAGGAGGCAGCAGCGGCUCUGAAUCACCAGGCCUGGGGCCCCUGGGCCGUAGACUGCCUAUCUUCAGCCAGCUGUCAGUCUCUGACGACUGA